AUGAAUUCCAGUUCCACAACUCCAUACCAGCCCCUAGUUUCCUCUUCCGAGAUCCGACUUCUCUUGUUGAUGCCUGGAUCAACUGAUAGUCCAAUCCAAUGUUCCCUCGUCCAUACCAAAAUCGGAGAAAACCCCUAUGAAGCACUAUCGUAUGAAUGGGGAACAUCACAGUCUAAUGAGCCGAGCAUAUAUAUUUUCGACGCUUCAUGUCAAGCACUGAGAAUGGAGUAUAAAGGACUCUCUCGGUUCUGGUUGAACAAAGUCAGAAUACACCCAUCCAAUCCCACUGGCCAAAUCUCGGGAGCUCCUCGUCAAGUGCGCCACAAUCUUUACCAUGCUCUUUCUCGUAUUCGACUAGAGCACAAGGAACGAUGUCUAUGGGUAGAUGCAUUGUGUAUCGAUCAAGCGAACCAUGGAGAGCGGACGCAUCAGGUGGAGAUGAUGGGCAAGAUAUAUCAGUCCGCCGAGAGGGUAAUAGCCUGGUUAGGAGAAGGAAAUGAAAAUGACGUUCUCGCGAUGGAUACGUUUCGAAAAAUCAUUGCAUCCUCCGGAUGGGGCAGGCAGGACCACCCUGUGAUUUCUAUUGGCAGAAAUGGCAAUGUAAAGAACGGUGUUGAUGUCUUGAGAGUUCAAGCUAUUGUCGACUGGGGUUCAAAAUCAUACUGGCAUCGUCUUUGGAUUGUGCAAGAACUUGUUUUGGCCAAAGACCUACUAGUGAUUGUUGGCCGAGAAUCCAUCACCGGAAAAGAACUGGACUCCACAAUGGUCGCUCUCGAGCCCUUUGCUGUGCUCAUCGCUGGUGAUUCUGCAACCAAACUUAUGGGGAGGACACUAACGGAAAGAUGGAAAAACAUUUUGGCUUUCCCUUUGCUACUUGCUCGUCAGAAGUCGUCAAUCAAAACGUCUAUGAGCUUGGAUGGUCCCGGCGGCAGGGGACUUUGCGAUUGGAUGCUACGGUGUUCUGAUAGUGAGUGUAUGGACCCUAGGGAUCGAGUGUAUGGAUUAUUAGGGGUCUCUGAGGAUAUUACGAACCUCGAGGAGGCCCAGGUAGCGAUCGAAGUUGAUUACGAAAAAACUCUUCUGGAAGUUUAUUGCGAUGUUGCAAGGUUUUGGGCAGCGAGGAACGGUAGGAGUAUGACGAAUAGUGCGCUGGGUAUCGGUCUUAGAAAGCACUUCAAUUUGAGAAGUAGUGACAUUCGUAGUGCCAAGGAUGAGAUUGAGAAGGCCUUUUAUAUGGGGAGAAGAGUAUGGGCAACGAAGAAGUUCCCGGAUUUGGUAAACUUCCCAAAUCGUUUAGAACGAACGAUACGCGACACUGGUUAUGUGUCUUAG